GCAAAUAGGCCCGGAGAGGGCGGGCUGGCCCCAAGUUUGCAGCGGGCUCCGCGGGCCUUUCCGCCUUUUCUGUGCAACCCCACAUGGUGCGGCCGCUCAACUGCAUGGUCGCCGUGUCCCAGAACAUGGGCAUCGGCAAGAACGGGGAGCUGCCCUGGCCUCCGCUCAGAAAUGAAUUCAAGCAUUUUCGAACAAUGACCUCAACCCCCUCAGUAGAAGGCAAACAGAAUUUGGUGAUCAUGGGUAGGAAGACCUGGUUCUCCAUACCAGAGAAAAACCGGCCUUUAAAGGACAGAAUUAAUUUAGUUCUCAGUAGAGAACUCAAGGAACCUCCACAAGGAGCCCAUUUUCUUGCCAAAAGUUUGGAUGAUGCUUUAAAACUGAUUGAUCAACCAGAACUUACAAACAAAGUAGACAGGGUCUGGAUAAUAGGAGGCAGUUCUGUUUACAAGGAAGUCAUGAACAGACCGGGCCAUAUUAGACUAUUCGUGACAAGAAUCCUACAAGAAUUUGAAUGUGAUACAUUUUUUCCAGAAAUUGAUUUGAAGAACUACAGACUUCUCCCAGAAUACCCUGGUGUUCUUUCUGAUAUACAGGAGGAGAAAGGAAUUAAGUACAAAUUUGAAGUCUAUGAAAGGAAUGAUUCAAGCGAAAUUAUGUUCUGAUUUAUUUCAAAAUGAAAGCUUUGUGUCUAAAAAGUUGUCUUCUGUUUAAACAUUAAAAAGAGACAUCUGCUGA